CUCUCUCUCUCUCUCUCUCUCGCUAUCUAUCUCUCUCUCUAGAAACCGUUGUCCCCAAGCUUUCUUACACUUGAAGACCACUGUCACUCUCAUGAUUCUGGUUUAGAUAAACCGUUUUAUCUAAGCUUUCUCACUCAUCAGAGGCCAUCUUCUUCUCUCUCUCUAGCAGAAGAUGCAGGGGAAUAGGAGAAAAUGCAGGAACGAGGUCCUCCCGGGCUCACCUAGAAACAAUAAAAUGGAAAUUGAGAGUGGUAAAGGAAAUGGCGUUAACGGAAUUAAUGGAGAUAACACUGAUCCUAACAAUUUGAAUGGUAAGGAGAGCAAUGGUGGUCGUCGUGUUUACAACACAAGGCUUCGAAAGAGCCAGACAAUUCCGAUCAGUGAGAAAAAGAGUAGCAGGUUUGAUGAUAGAAGCCCAAUUGAUCUAAGAAAGAAUUCAUCUCAAUUUGGUACUUCUCGAGAGAGAAAGGUGACUAAGAGUUUGAGUUUUGCGGGGGCUAAUUGUGAUAGUCCAAAAUCAGAGAGAAGAUCGAUCAUACAAGUGGAAGAAGAUCACCAGGAAUUUGGGGCUUGUAGAGAGAGAGUUGUGACCAAAAGGUCGAGCAAUUCUGGGGCUAAUUGUGAUGGUUACAACUCAGAGAGAAGAUUGGUAAUGGAAGAGGAAGAAGAGGAGGCUGGGGAAUCUAGAGAGAGAAAUGUUACUGAAAAUUUGAGCAAUGUGGGGGUUAAUUGUGACAAAGCUCAGAGAAAAUUGGCAAUGGAAGAAGAAGAAGACAUGGAAGAAGAAGCUGGUCUUUCGGGAGAGAGAACGAUUACCAAAAUUUUGAGUAAUUUGGAGGUCCACAGUGACCAGUCUGAGAGAAAUGAAGCAGAUUUGGAACUAGAUGCAGCAGAUUGGGAACUAGAAGGCGAAGAAGAGAGAGAAGAAGAAUUUGAGGAAGAGGAAGAGAGCUUUGAUAUAAAAGAAGUGAAUGAACCAGUAGAAACACUGGUAAAGAAGAAAGAGAAAUCAGUUAGUGAAAUCGCAAUUUCCUCCAUCGUGGAAGAAAACCCAAUUCCCACUCUAAUUGAUUGCUCUGAUCCACCAGUAACUGUUGCUGAUCUCCCAGAAAUUCCACCAUUUCCAGAAACACAUGAGAAAUUCCCAGAAACCCAAAGCCGGAUGCAGAAUCUUGUGGAUAUGGUAAUGUGGAGGGAUAUUUCAAGAUCUGCUUUUGUAUUUGGGUCUGGCUCAUUCCUGCUCAUCUCAUCUUCCUACACCAAAGAUUUAAACUUCAGCUUGAUCUCUGCAAUUUCCUAUGUGGGUCUUUUGUACUUGGCUGCAGUGUUCUUUGCCAGGUCCAUUCUUUGCAGGGGAGUCAUGGAUUCAGGAAGCAGCAAAAGGAUUUAUGAUUUAGGAGAAGAAGAUGCUAUUUGGUUGCUAAAAUUGGUCCUUCCUUAUGUGAAUGAGAUCUUAUUGAAGCUUAGAGAACUCUUUUCUGGUGACCCUGCAACAACCAUGAAGUUGGGUGUCCUUCUAUUUGUUCUAGCAAGGUGUGGAAGCUCCAUUACUAUAUGGACACUGGCUAGAAUUGCUUUUUUUGGGCUAUUUACCAUACCAAAAGUGUAUUCCUCUUAUUCAGUGCAGCUUAGUAAAUAUGGGAGAUUUUGGUUUCGGCGCUUCAGGGAUGCCUGGAAUUCUUGUUCUCAUAAGAAGGCAGUGGCAAUUGCUGCUUUCAUGGUUAUAUGGAAUUUGUCUUCAGUUGUUGCUCGCAUUUGGGCCGCUUUUAUCUUAAUUGUGGCCGUUCGAUAUUACCAACAAUCCCUGAUCACCGUCAACUGGGAUGAGGUAGAAGUAAGAGUGUGCAGGCCAAUCCCAAGCCAAAAGCCUGGCCCACUGAAAAUAAGCCCAAUCCGGAAGAAGAGCCAACUUGGUGGGCCCAUUGUAAAGGAUGCAGUGAAAGAGAAGAGGAAGGGAUCCUAAGAAGGUGGGACCUACCAUUAUGGGGCAACCUCAAAUAUUGUAAAUGAGCAUAUGGCUUAAUAAUUCUUUCAUUUCACCCUUGUAUUUUUUACUCUACGGUUUAAUCAACCGCAUAUGGCUUAAUAAUUCCUUCAUUUCACCUUUA